AUGACAGCUAAUAUUCCAACAGCUGCUAUAUAUGUUGACUACCCAAAAGCAUAUGAUAUAGUAUCGGAUAAAGGUCUCAUCGUUAAGCUCAACAGACUUAAUAUAUUUGCUGGUCUAUUGAAAUUAAUCAUAUCGUGGUUAAGUGAUCGCUAUGCAUAUGUAGUUUUUGGGAGUAGUAAAUCAAACGCAUUCCCCAUACACCUUGGUUUACCACAAGGUAGCAAUCUGAGCCCUUACAUAUUCGUAGUAUUUCAUUCCGACCUAGUCUCAUGUAUAGGUGCCCAUUCAAGUCGCGUAUUUGCCGAUGAUUUGAACGUAUUAAUAACCCCUCCAAUCAGUCGAGAUUUCGCACCGAUGUUAAAAUUCUUAGAAGAAGGAACACGAGUGUGUGGAAAUAUAGCAGAUUACUCUGAGAAGUGGAAACAACCAAUUAAUUUUUCUAAAACAGUAGUCCAAAUCUUUCACUCACAAGUGCAAGUCCCAGUCGUCAAUAUCUGCAUGAAAAGUCAUCAAUUAUUAGAAGUGAAGGAAUUCAAAUACCUUGGGUUUACUUGGACAAAUAAAAUGUCCUUGAAGCCGAAUAUUGAUAAAGCACUUGAAAAUAUCCAAAAAACGUACUGUUAA